UCUUAUCUGAAUUAUUUUUCAAAAAAAUAUUUUAAAAAGUCUUGUGCAAGCUUACACUAAUGUAAAUACAAUAAGCUGGUCGUCCACGUCGUUAUGAUUGAUGAACCCUCUCUUGAUUUUAUAACUAGAAAAUCAAUCACAUUACAGGAGGCCUUGAUUCAACGAGGAGCAGCACUUAUCUUUCAUUUUAAUUCUCAUUAUUCUCAGUAGUGCGGCAACUCCUUUGCCGGCGAAACCAAAGAAAAUCCCAAUGGAAACAACUCCUUCAGAUGAAAAGAAGACGAUCAGAGAACCGCUCCUGAUCACACCCUCUCUCUCGAAGGGUGGUUUCAGAACCCUGCCUUUCAUCAUAGCAAACGAGGCCUUUGAAAGGGUGGCGAGUUUGGGGCUAUCGCCGAACAUGAUACUGUAUCUGACCAGAGAUUAUGGUAUGGAAACUGCUAGAGCGGCCAAGGUGAUCUUCAUCUGGACAGCUGCCAACAACUUCACCCCGAUCCUUGGUGCUUUUGUUGCCGAUUCUUAUGUGGGAAAGUACCGGAUGAUCGGAUUCGGGUCCAUUCUUAGUUUUCUGGGGAUGGUUCUCUUAUGGUUAACAGCCAUGAUUCCGCAAGCAAGACCUUAUUGUGACCAAUUUAGCAGCAUUUGCGAAUCCCCCACGACACCUCAACUUCUGUUCUUAUAUUCUUCCUUAGGCCUAAUGUCUAUUGGAACCGGUGGCAUAAGAUCGUCUUCCUUGGUCUUUGGUGCGGAUCAGUUGAACAAGGGAAGCAAUCCGGAAAAUGCAGAAACCUUACAGAGCUUCUUCAGUUGGUACUAUGCUUCAGUCUCAUUUUCAGCUCUCAUUGCCGUAACUGGCAUCGUUUAUAUUCAAGAUAACCUGGGGUGGAAAAUGGGUUUCGGGGUUCCUGUCAUGCUAAUGUUCAUUUCAGCUCUUUCCUUCUACUUGGCAUCUUCUCUCUACGUCAAGUUGAAAGCCAGGACAAGCUUGUUCACUGGUUUCGCUCAAGUCCUAGUCGCCUCUUUCAGAAAUAGACACAUUAACUUACCAUCCCAACCCACAGAUGAGGUGUACUGUCUCAGAAAGGGAUCAAUGCUUCACAUGCCAAGUGAAAAAUUAAGGUUUCUGAAUAAAGCUUGUGUGAUAAAAAAUCCUCAACAGGAUUUAACCUCGGAUGGAAACGCUUCAAACCCAUGGAGUCUUUGUACAGUUGAUCAAGUAGAAGAGCUUAAAGCAUUAAUCAGAGUAAUACCACUCUUCUCUACUGGAAUCAUGAUUUCUGUGACUCUUACUCAAAGCUCUUUUACAGUAAUUCAAGCCGGCACCAUGGACCGACAUAUUACUCCAAAAUUUGAAAUUCCAGCAGGUUCCUUGAGCAUGUUUUUGAUGAUCUCUCUGAUAGCAUGGAUUGCUUUGUAUGAUCGGAUAUUACUCCCUCUAGCAUCGAAGAUGAAAGGAAAACCGGUUCGUCUUGGUUUGAAACAAAGAAUGGGGAUUGGACUUCUUUGCUCUUGUGCAUCCAUGGUAGCAUUAGCAAUUGUAGAGUAUAUUCGACGGGAAAUUGCAAUUCAAGAAGGACUUUCGGAUGAACCACAAGCCAUGGUGCACAUGUCUGCACUAUGGCUGCUGCCAUAUAAUGUCUUGAGUGGCUUGGCUGAGGCUUUCGCUGGAGUUGGACAGAUCGAAUUCUUUUACGCUGAGUUACCUAAAACAAUGUCAAGCAUCGGCUCCAAUCUUUUCGGAUUAGGAGCGUUUGUUGCAAGUCUGGUGGCAAGUUUUAUAACAAGUAUAGUUGAUGAUGUUACUAAAAAAGGAGGGGAUAGUUGGGUUUCAAGCAAUGUCAAUAAGGGCCACUAUGAUUACUAUUAUUGGCUUCUUUUUGGCUUGAGCAUUCUUAAUUUCAUGUAUUUUCUUGCUUGUAGCAAGGCUUAUGGUCCUUGUCGAGGAGACGAUGGGGGUCAGUCUCAGGCAACCAGAAGAGGAAAUCAGGAGAGGAUAGAUGAAUGUUAGUCUCUCAUAACAUUAUAGCACUCCAGUUAGA